UUCCCCUGUAUCGAAAUAUAAAGAAGCGAAGGUGUACAAUUUGUAAAUUACAAAAUGUUACAAUUCAGGACCUUCGAUGCCGAAAAACAUCAAUUACAGGAGCUCAACAACAGACUGGGCCAGUACCUGUCAAGAACGAAGCAGUUGGAGCAUGAAAAUGCAAUCCUGAUAACUGAAAUAAACAAGAGAAGACAAGAUAAGACGGUGGAAUGGGACAACACAUGUAUGGCCGAAAUGCGGGAUCUGAGGAGAACGGUGGGGCAACUAUCCUUCGAGAAGUCCCGAGCCGAGAUGGAACGAGAGAAGUUAAGGCAAGAGUUUCAGAUGUUACAGUCUAUGUGCUGUGAGGAGCAGGUGGUAGGCAAAGACAUUGAUGGAGAGAUGAAAGGUUGCGAAAAGCAGCUUCAAAAAGCUCAACAGACUAAUGGGGCACUUGAGGAACGUCUGUUCCAGCUUGAGAACGAGUGCAGAUUUAUUGAGGUUGCGCACAGACAAGAAAUGACCAAGCUCCAGAACCAGGUCCAUUCACGACCUAAUGUUACCAAAAUGUAUCAUGGCCCUCCGGCAGUCUCGAUGGAAGAUAUGCAACAGUACGCCCUCAGCCUGUCCGAUGGAUGGAUGGACACCUUCGAAAUGUAUCGAAGGAAGGUCGAAGAAAUGGAGGACUCAAUCAAAGCCGACCAGAUGAGGCUGCAUGAUCUCCAAAGGGAAAAGAUACAUUAUGCCGCAGAGUUUGACAAAUUACGCAAAGAGGCUGACACGCACGGUCAGAUUCAAAUACACCUGGAGGAACAGCUCAUAGACAUGCAGGAGAACUUCCAUGGGGACAUCACCAAGUAUCAGGUGAUUAUUGAUGAAUUGGAGAGGGAGCGGGAAAUGUUGGCCAACACCAUGGCAGAAAAGGUCAGAGACCACCAGGAGCUCCUGCAGGUCAAGAUGGAUCUGGGCAUGGAGGUGGCUUACUACAGGGCACUUAUUGAAGGAGAGCAUCAGCAACAUCUGCAGUCAAGAGAAAGAGUCCUAGGUAUUGUACAUUAUUUUCAAAUAAAUAUUAAGAUGAGGCCUCCACAACACUACAAACCAAGAGUUUCCACCUCAGCCAGACAAGAUGUAAGGAAGCAUCUGGAUGUGAGAUACAUGGAACCAACCUCAAGCUUGAGAAGAUCACCUGUUCCAUCUCAGUAUGGUCGCACCAGUCCUUCCAGGGUCAUACCUAUCUCAGUCACAGGCAGCAGCUACAAUAGGAAUCAGAGUCCUGCAGCCAGAAGGGACAUGGUCUCGUUCACUAAAUCCCAGUCUGCAUCCUCCAGCUCUUCAUCCUCUACUAUUAAACCUGUGGCCCAGAGUACCAACAAGAAGAAUGUAGAUGCUCAGAAAAAAGUUGUGGAGGAGAGGAGUGUGAGAAUCAAAGAGGUGUCACAACACUCAGCUAAGGAUUCUCUCGACCAUUCUCGAGGAACAGCAAACAAGUCCAGUCCCAUUGCCUCACCCACUGCUGACAUCAAAUCAGUGAGAAUAGUGUCACCACCAAUGAUGAGUCUGAGCAGAAACAUGGAGGAGGACAGCAAAAAGAAAGUAGAGAGGCAGGUUGAAAGAGAGGUGAGAGGAGAUGUAUUUCAUCUUCAGAAUGUCAAGAUGCAUGCCAAAGAGGGCAGCGUUGCAGGCACCACAACAAGUGAUGAGAUGGUCCUAGACUCUGUGUCUAUGGAAGAACUUAUUGAUAAGGUCAUGAAACCUGCUGGUUUUGAUCGAAUGGUCUGCAGCUCAUCUCCAGACUCCAAAAUCACUUACCAUGUGGAGAAAACGGAGCAGGAGGACGGGUCAACAAAGACACAGAUUAUCCUGGAGUCCAAGGUCCAGGAGGAGCUGGAUAUGUCAGAGGACUCUGCACUGGAAGAACUGCUCAGCAAGGGAGUGAAACACGUGUCACUGGAGGAUAUCAAGGGCAGUGAAACAGGAAACAUGAUUCAGAACCUGCUCAGCCUUGGGCUGCAUGGAGGAGAGGACAUGGAAAACAAGUCUGUCAAUGUGGAGAUCAUUGAGGAACCAGUGGAGGGUUACAGUGACGAGGAGUACGAGUUUGAGGAGAAGUCCACUCCCAAGUUCUUCGAGCCCUCUUCAAUGUUCUUCCAGAUUGAAGAACUAGAGAAUGACCCCCACGGCACCAAAUACCAUGAGAGUGUUGAUGAAGUAAUGAAAACCUCCAUGACAGAUGAAAACUAUGGCAGGAAUGAUGGAUCUGUGAAGGUCCAAGAAGACUCCAGAGAUAGUGAAUCUCCAUACUACAGCCACGACCAAGAGUCUCAAGAGUAUUUUGUCUCUACACCUGAUGCCAAUCUGUCAGAGCCUGAGGAGGGUGGUGGUAUUGCAUCAUAUGGACAUUACGGAGUGGUGGACGACCUUUCAGAUGAAAGGUACUACCAGGAUGAGGGACUCUCAAAGAACAGAAUGUUUGUUGAGGAAAGCGAUAGUUGCAGACCUGCAUCAGACAGCCUGUACAUAAAGGGUGACCACUCCUUGGCGCGAGAGAGUUUCCCUGAGUGCAUUAUUGAAGAGGAGACCAUUCAUGUCUCCCCCACAGUACAGGAGUCGAUGCUUGGAUACUUGAGAGAGGAAACUCUGGACCCCAAAGAACAGCUGAGGGGAGCCCUAGAGCAGCUACAAGGAACAGUGUCAGGGAGCCUGAAAGAAGAGUUGGCGCUCUUCACAAGAGGCGGCAGUGAUAGUCCUCAGAACAUAUCUGUGGACAUCAAGAAAGUACACCAGUCCUCCGAUAACGGAACCACGACUAUCGUGGCAGAGCUCAAGAGCUCAACAACCCUGGAGGACUCUGGGCUGCUGGAGGAGCAGGGGGAUGAUGUAUCUGAGGAGCAGAUCAUGGCGGCUCUACGCUCCUCCAACUCCGGCCUUGGAGCAGAGGGAGGAUACACCCUGGACACAAAUGAGAUGGGCUGGGUGACUAGCAAUGAGGGACAGGGAGGAGAGUUCACGACUGAAGUCACUGAGAAGCACAUCAAGCUGGGGCCAUCAGAGAAGUCCUUUUCCUUCCAGAUGGAUGUGAAUAACGGUCAAGGACAGGAUCCCCCACUGAAGGUCACUCAUGAGAAAAGAGUUGCCACAGUCUAUCUUGAAUCUAAUGAAGAUGAGAUCUGAUUCAAAUUAGAUCAUUUUAUUACAUUACUCCCCAUAUUAAGCCACACACCAGUCAAUCAGUUGCAAUGAACUGUAAGGUGACGUCAUUAGUUGUGACUCAUAAAUUGCUAUGCCUACAAUCAUGGUAAGAAUACAAAUUAUAGCCACUGCCUGUAUAUCAAAAAGUUAAAUAGCAUUGGUUACCCAUUUUCACACUGCUCUCUGCUUCCCUUUGAGAAUAUGUUAUAUUAAUUUCCUGCUAGAUACACUCCUCUAUUUAUUUAUACAGUGAAGCUAAAACAUUAAUUUGGCUCUAUACUUCAGCAUUUUGAAUUUGAGAUCAAA